AUGAGACAUUAUCUUCUAUCACCGCUAAAAGCUUUUCUAUUCCUUUCAUUUUUACAAAUUUCCAUCUUAAGCUGUAGCAGUCUAAUUUAUCAGCAAUUCAAAGCAUUAAGUCACUCAAAGUUACGUGCAUUGUAUUCGAAACAUUAUGAUGAUUAUGUGAAAUUUGUAACAGAAUACAAACAAGGAGUUAAGGAUAAUCGACCGGAACCACAUCGCUUGUUGGCUUAUGCUAAAAAUGUGGAAGAAAUUCAAAAGCAUAAUGAGUUGUAUAAACAAGGCAAAUCAUCGUUUAUGCUUGGCUUAACUGUAAUGAGUGAUAUGGCAGAGGAAGAUAUGCAGGACGAAUUUCCGGUGAUCAAAUUUAAUGAUACGGAUGAUAGCCAUAUUCCGCAAAAUUUAACUGAUGAAAAAUUGAAAGCUGUUAAUUGGGUAACUAAAAAAUAUGUCACCGCAGUUAGAAAUCUCAAAACCAAUCGGGGAUGUGGUGAAGCUGCUGCCGAUGCAUUUGUAGGUGUUUUUGAAGCAUUAGCUAAAUCACAAACCAAGAAAUUGCGCAAGCUUUCGGUUCAGGAAUUAGUCGAUUGCAGUGGUCCAUGUUCGUUGUUUGGAAGAUUCGGAAAUUUUUCCGCAUAUGUUAUGAAAAAGAAUGGAUUAGUAAGCGAAAAGAGCUAUCCAUAUGGAAAAAAGCAUGGGUCAUGUGAAAUGAAAAGUGCACGAUUUGGAAAACCUGUUGCCACCUUUACAGUAAGCCGUGUUACACCUUUAUUAUUUAAAGCACUUCUGGCAAAAGGACCGGUGGUUACAAGAAUUUUAUUGUCAACUAAAUUCAGAAAUUAUAAAGAAGGAAUAUUUAGUGAUCAAUGCGACGAAGGUUUUUAUUCACAUACGGUAUUAGCGGUUGGAUUUACAAAUAAUUAUAUUUUAAUUAAAAACAGUUGGGGCACCGAUUGGGGCGAAAAAGGAUAUAUGCGUAUUUCGAUAAAUCCAAAAGAAAAUUGUAAUUUAUAUCUUGAAUCACUUGCUGCAAUGUGA